UAAAAUCAGCUCGUCUCUCUCCGAACAAUUCACUUCUCCGACCAAAGCUAACUCCUGUCUAGCCUUGUUUUCUGCUGUCGUUAAAUCCCUAGUCCCCAAUUACACACUAUCUUUCACCGCUUCACUCCCCUCAUCAUCGCCGUCGCUGCUCCGAUAUCGAAGGUUUCAAAAAUGCCUCGUAAGGUCAAUUAUAGCACUGGUUAUGGUUAUGAUGACGAUGAUUAUUACAAUUAUGAUGAUGAUGAUUAUUACAAUUAUGAGGAUGAUGGGCAUGAUUAUGCAGAAGAAACUGAAGUAGUAUCAAAAGCAAAGGUGAAACGAGAAACCUCUAAGCUUGGGGUCUGGCGUUGCCCCAUCUGCACAUUUGAUAAUGAAGAAAGUAUGAGUGCAUGUGAUAUAUGUGGGGUCCUAAGAAAUCCCUUGGUUAAAGGUUCUCGUGACAGCAGUACUAAAGUUGGCACAUCCAGAGAUUCUGAAGCAUCCAAACUGGCCAAGUCUCUAUUUGCAUCACUGCUGCAACAGAACCCAAAAAAGGCUGUAACCUUCGAAGGAAAGAGUGAUGUUAUUAAGUCAGGAGGUCAUUUUAACUUCCACGAGCAUGGAAGAAUACAUGGACAGUUUCAAGAUUUACUUAAAACUUUUAGCUGUCAAAACCAUUAUAAGUUUAAUAUAGAGCCAUUCAAGUUUGACACUCCAUCUCUGGAUGAUAUGGUGUCAGGUGGAAUUCAUUCGUCUAGAGUGGGCUCCAAAGCCACCAGUAACAAGAUUCUACAGUCAAAUGCCUCGUCAGGUAAAGAUGAAAUGAUGACUGGUGCUAAAGCAGAACUGAUUGCAGGAGGGUCUUCAAUACCAAUUGCAAAAUUUGGACCAAAUGAGAUUAAACAGAGUGCUUCUUCACAGAAUAGUAGCAAACAAGGUCUCAGCAAAAGUAUGAAAAACUUGUCAGUUUCUUCCAAGUCUCAGAGUACAGAGAAAGGCAGCAUACAUGACAAUGUGGAAGAUAAACUGAGCCAGCUAAAUCUUGCAGUUGUUGGUCAUGUUGAUUCUGGGAAGUCAACACUAUCCGGAAGGCUGCUACACAUGUUAGGACAUAUAUCCCGGAAAGAUAUGCACAAAAAUGAAAAAGAGGCUAAACAACUGGGGAAAGGGUCCUUUGCUUACGCUUGGGCAUUGGAUGAGAGUGCUGAGGAAAGAGAAAGAGGGAUCACUAUGAAUGUGGCUGUUGCAUUUUUCAACACUAAAAAUUAUCAUGUUGUUCUUCUUGACUCCCCGGGUCAUAGAGACUUUGUUCCAAACAUGAUAUCUGGUGCAACACAAGCAGAUGCUGCAAUUCUUGUAGUAGAUGCUUCAAUGGGUGCAUUUGAAGCUGGCAUUGAUGCUUCUGGAGGACAGACAAGGGAGCAUGCACUGCUUAUUAAGAGCUUUGGUGUGGAUCAAAUUAUAGUUGCAGUUAACAAAAUGGAUUCUGUACAAUACUCCAAAGAGCGGUUUGAUGCAAUUAAAAAGCAACUUGGGACCUUUCUCCGUACCUGUAAAUUCAAAGAUUCUUCUAUAGUAUGGAUUCCAAUCAGUGCCAUGGAGAACCAAAAUUUGUUUACAGGUCCUUCUGACGCGCUGUUUUUAUCAUGGUUUCAGGGCCCAUCUCUAGUGGAUGCAAUUGAUUCUCUCCAGCCUCUUGUGAGAGAUUACUCAAAGCCUCUGCUAAUGCCAAUAUGUGAUAUUGUUAAAUCACAGUCACAAGGACAUGUAUCAGUAUGUGGGAAACUGGAGACUGGAUCUCUUCAAACUGGAUUUAAGGUUCUAGUUAUGCCAACAAGAGAAAUUGCUACUGUGCGUAGUUUGGAGCGGAACUUGCAAGUAUGUCGCAGUGCAAAGGCUGGAGACAAUGUGACUGUUAAUCUACAGGGUAUUGAUGGAAACCGGGUGAUGGCUGGGGGCGUGUUAUGUGACAUCGACUAUCCUGUUCCAGUUACAAACCAUUUGGAAUUGAAGGUUGUUACUCUAGAUAUCUCAACUCCAGUUUUGGUUGGUUCUCAGUUGGAAUUUCAUGUCCAUCAUGCAAAGGUGGCUGCAAAAGUUGUGAAGCUAUUGUCAUUGCUUGAUCCAAAGACAGGGAAGGAGACAAAGAAGUCGCCUCGCUGUCUAUUAUCAAAGCAAAACGCCAUUAUUGAGGUGGCUUUGCAACUGCCGGUUUGUGUGGACGAGUAUGCCAACUGUAAAAGUCUAGGAAGGGUCUCAUUCAGAGUAUUAGGAAGAACUAUUGCCCUUGGUCUCGUGACUAAAGUACUGGAACAAAUGUAAAAAUGAUAGCGGAAUGAGGCCGCUAGCCAUCUCCCCAAAAACCAAAAUAUUUAUAGCCAUUUCUCAUAGGAUUUGUAGAACACCCUAACUUUUACUCUGUUAUUUAUAUAUUUACUUCGUUUCUCCCCGGCUGCGUGCUUUGCUUGUGAAAAUAGUAGAGGUUCUGUGAAUAACUCUUUUAUCUUUCUACUUUACCCAACGACUAUGAUAAUUUUGUGGAAAAGAUGUAAUUUUAGUUCCUCAAUUGUUUCUUCCUAGCAA